UGGAAAUAUAAUUUCAUUUAUCGUGCUUCACAAAAAGGAGCCCGCAACUACAAACAUUCUACUUCAAGGUUUAGCGAUCACAGACACCCUUUACUUGUGGUCAGCCUUAUUCAGUCGAUUACUUCCCUCGAUAUACAGAUAUACAAAUGAUUUGAAUGAUGAGUUUUGGUUGGAAAUCAGGCCUUACUCUGUUCCUAUUGCAUCAACUGCAUUAACAGCCUCAAACUGGAUGGUUGUUGUGGUUACAAUAGACAGAUACAUCUAUAUAUGCCACCCAUUGAAGGCAGAACGUUGGUGCACAUUCCAUCGUGCUAGGCUUGCUCCGAUAUUUGUUUGGCUUUUUGCUAUUAUCUACACAUUCCCAAGAUUUUUCGAGCUGACAAUUGCCUGGAAAAAGGACUUCUGUCGAGAUGUGAUGAUACUAAUGCUUGGACGUGAUUGGCUCGGGAAGCAACCACUGUAUAACAUCAUUUACAAAAUCAGUAUCAAUUUUGUAUUGAGACUUGCUAUACCAGUCAUAACAAUCAUAACUCUGAAUGCAAAACUCAUAAUUGAAAUUCACCGUUCUAACAGAACAUGUCCAGAUUGCAUCAGUUCCAUAAGCUCAACAUGUGAGAGUGGCAACUGUGCCAGAAAUAUAAGAUUAGAAAUGAAACGCAAGAAAAGCCAUGAAAACAGCAUCACCAGGGUCUUAAUCGCAAUUUGUGUGAUCUUCAUGCUCUGCCUUGUUCCAGUUUUUAUAUCAACAAUUAUUAACUUUAUCAAAUUAACACAUAUCAAAACUGACAAAUUCAUCCAGGCUCAUAAUUAUAUUGUGGUGACUGCAAAUACACUUUCAAC